AUGCCGAACAGCCAUAACGAAAGAAUUGCCUCGUAUAUUGAGCGUAGAUGGCCUCAGCGCUUUCCAGAAUUUUGCGCCGCGUUGAGGCGAUAUCCACUGCCAAUUAGCAGUGGCGCCGCUGGGACGCAGCUUCAUGGCAGUUGUCCAGAGGCCGUUCGUGCGACGGAAGCGUUCUGCGCAAUGUUGGCCCCCCGCCACGGUCGAGAAGUUUUGGGCGAUGACAACUCUACGAAUGAUGAAAUGCUUGCACGAGACGGCGAGGUUUCUGUUGCUGCGCUGAGGAGGUCCGUUAGCUUCCCCUUCUCGCCAUUCCGCUGUUUUAAAAUGCAGCGCACAGAAGGUGGUCCCCCUUUACUCUCUGGCCAGCCGGCAGUGUGGAGUGGCAAUUCUGACUGGCACUUUGACCAGCUCCAUAACUCUCGUGGGGAAGCGGGUACGAGUUUAAUGCAUUCUUCAACCACCGGUUGUCAAAGUGGUGAGCCACUACCGGAGGAAAAACUCAGUUGGAGGGAGCUGCGCGAUCGAUGUUUGUCCAAAGGCCUCUUGGGUAGUGGAACCAAAGUGCAUCUCAUCGCGAGGCUCCGUAAACACGGCGCCUCUAAGCUUGCGGAGACUUCACCGAAACCACGAUAUGUUCCUGAUUCUCAAGCUGAGGUGUUGUCCCACCUCAGGGAGGAUUCGGAAAGGUGCUCCAGAUCUAUGAGCUCUGCAGGGCACACUUCAACAGUAAGCGAUAUGAUCCGACACGGUCAACGCCUCAGGACGUUGUUCCGUUCACCCAACACCGACAUUGCACCAACUACUUCGUUGGCGGAAGGAGGGUCAGAACCACAGGGCCGACUUCUAGGAACUCCAAAGGAGUUUGUUGCCUCCCAGCAGAGGGAAAGGAAGCUGGUGCAUUCAACACCCAGCAUGCCGACAAAUACUACUGAUAUAGAUGCUGAUGAAAACGAGACGCCUAAAGAAGAGGGUUGCUCCAACAACUAUUCUUGGCACCUUCUCGUUGAUAACCGCGAACGCAUCAAGGGUGCACACGAAAACCUAAUCGAAGUAUGUUCCCGCGCCGGCGCGCCUAGUGUUUCAUGCACCCUCCCGUGCGGAGACUUUAUGAUAGGAAUCAAUUCACCUAAUGUUGGGUGCUCAGCAAACUCGGCGAACGUGCCGGAUUAUCAAUGCCGCAACGCUGCCGGUUGCACUGUUCUUCGUGAAGGGGCAAUGUACGGACAGACGCAAAAAAUCUCAUUCCUUGUGGUGGAAAGGAAAACAGUAAAGGAUCUUUGUGCCAGCAUUACCUCUUCACGUUACUACGAGCAGCGGCAACUGCUGUCAUCGUCCCCUUUCCGUUCUGUUGUGUGGGUUGUGGAGGGAACAAUGGAGUCCAUCACGGUUGAGGAGCGACGGCGGGUUCUUUCUGCUUGUGCCUCGCUUGCGUCUCUUCCACGUUUCCGUGUCGUGUGGACACGUCAUUUGUCUGAAACAGCCACCUUUCUCCGUAGCCUUGGGAAGUCAGUAGGCUCAAUACUGUGCAAAACUAAAAUGGAACAAUGCCCAGAAACGUUGGUAACUAACUGCACUGAAUGCCUACAAUACAUCAACAAAAUAAGAAAGGAUAUCCAGGCUCGGACUACAUUUCCCCGCAUGCUUAUGUGUAUAAGGGGUUGCUCUGCACCUCUGGCAAUUCAGCUCGCGUCGAAGUAUGGUUCUCUGUUGGGGCUGUGGCGCCGGCUGAAAUACCAAGGAGUAGAUGCCUGCGACGCUGACCCAGAUAUACAUCGCCUGACGAAGCCACAAAAAGAAGUAUAUUUGUGUCUAACAAAAUUUAUAUUGACGAGGAGUUACUGCUAG